AUGGCCCAGAAAAAUAACUUUCAAUUCUCCAUCAGGGAAUAUAGACCCUCGGAUAAACAUGUGGUCAUGUCGCUCUUUUGCGACGGGAUACGUGAACAUGUAUACCCAGCUUUCUUCAAGGCCAUGAGCCACCCGGACCACAUUGGCAUUGCUCUGAGCAUUUCCAUGGCUGGUUAUGUUCUUGGAGGCAGCUCCUACUUCCAAGCUUUACUCUUUGGCAGUGCAUGGGCUGGCCUAAUUUAUUACUGCUGCCAUGAGAUCUACGACGGCUACGUGACCAGGAGGCUGAGCGCAGACAUGGCUGACAUUGGAGCCAACUACCUGGAAAACCCAGAUAACGGUUUCUGGGUGGCAGAGGCAGACGUCAACGGCCAGUCCAAGGUGGUGGGGAUGGUGGCAUUGACGGGGAAAGGGGAGGAAGGCGAGCGGUUUGAUGACCGGAACGGAGGGGCCACGGGAGGAGGCUCAGAGUUUGCCCAAGAUGCUGGUGAUGGGACUUACGGCGAGUUGUCCCACACGGUUGUGGUGUUUCCAUGGCGGCACAAAAACCUGGGUUCACAGUUGACGAGGAAGGCCCUUGAUUUCUGCAAAGAGCGAGGAUACGCCCGCCUCGUUCUGGACGUCAGCUCGCCACAGACGGAAGCCAUUUCCCUGUACCAAAAAUUCGGUUUUGUUCAAACUGCAUCCCACAGCAACACACACGCUAAUCGCUGGUUCUCCAAACUGGCCAGAAUUAAUGUGCUGCGAAUGGAGAAGUUCAUUUGA